AUGCAAGAACAAUUGCAAGCGCAAGCACAAGCUCAACAAGAGAUGCAACGGAAACAUGAAGAAGAAAUAGCAAUACUAAGAACCGGACGGUAUAACCGACCACCAUCUGAGCAGUUCUCAGUGUCGUCAGCCCACCGUGAUCAAACUAACAACGGCAACCCGAACGACAACCCGAAUGGUAACCAGAAUGACAACCAGAAUGGUAACCCAAACGGCAACCCGAACGACAACCAGAACGACAACCAGAAUGGCAACCCGAACGGUAACCAGAAUGGCAAUCCAAACGGUAACCAGAAUAAUAAGCCGAACGGUAAUCCAAAUGGUGGCCCGCACGACAAUUCCAGAGGAGAAGAGCCCAUCGAUUUACUGCCGUUCACGACAACAAUCAUGCAGGCUCCAAUGCCCGAGAGAACUCCUCCAACAAUGGAAAAGUAA